AUGGAUUGUAAGAGUAUUGAUUUAAAUCGAGCCGAACAGGCUACUUCUUCUUUAACUAACGAUGAACGACAAGGAUAUCAACCAAGAACAUUACCAAAUAAUCAUCAUGGACGAUAUGCUUAUUUGCCAAUAUUUCCAACAAAAUUUGCUGGACUAGAUAAUUGUCUACUCUUGGCUAAUGUACCAGUUAGUCGUCUUGCAUCUCAUGAGCUUACUCGACGUCAACAUGGAGCAUACACAUCAGAUGCAUUAAUGAUGAUGAACAAGUACAAUUAUUACGAUGCGUUCAGUUUGUCUGAACAAGAUGCUGAAGAAUUAGCUGUACGAUUAAAAGUAGGCAAAUCCAUCAUUACUUUCAAUGCUGAUCGACUUCGUGGAAUCUGUUGUUUUCUCCUUACAUUACACGAAACCUUUCGACGAAAUGUUCUAUUGAAGGAAGAUAUUGCCUUGAAAGAGCCAACACUCAAUUCGAAACAAAUGGCUAUGGCAUUGGAAUUCUAUCUACAAAUGGAUGUGGACCUAUUCGACAUGAAAACUUGUUCGUUUCGAGGAGCUGAACCUCUUUCUAACAUUGAAGGUCUAUUCUGUGGAAGAGAUGAACCUCAAACAAGAUAUGCAUUGGUUCCAUGUGGUGAUCUUUUUUGUUCAUGUUGUCUUCCAGUACAUACUUACAUGAAAAGUCAACCGUGGCCUAUCGUUGAUUUUACUUCAAGUUCAAUGCAUCGAUUUCUCAAUGGUUAUACUACCUAUCUCAAUUGUCCUGCAACAUGUACUACAUCGAAUGUAGUCUAUGCUAUGACAUGUCCAUGUGAUCAUUAUGAUUAUAUCGAUUCAACAGCAGCAACAUUGGCUGAUGUGAUGGCUUAUCAUCGAAAACAUGGCAAUCGAAUUAUACAUGAAAAAUUGACGGGUAGUGCUCUCUUUCGAGGCUCAUUAUUCGAUCCUGACGAGCAAGAGUAA